CUUUUUUGGGUACUUCUAUCCAAUUCCCCCGCUUCUCUUUAUCCAUUGAGCUUGGGACGCCCAGCAAUGGCGGCAUCCGCUGCUCUCCACUCCCCUCUCUCCUCUUGCCUUGUUCUCCCUCCCGAAACACAAGCCCUUCUCUCUUUGCACCACUACCAUCAGCAGCAGCAGCAGCAGCAGCAGGGCUUCCUUCCUUUCCCAUCCUAAAACCUUUAAAUCCCUUCUCGCUUUCUCUUCUUCCGUUUCACCCAUUUGUUUUCCUCGAGGGACUGGUUUGACGGAGAGAAUGGGGGAGAGAGGGAGAAAUCCUGUGCGGAGGCUUGUGGUAUGUGAGGUGGCUCCGAAGAAGAAGGCGGAUUCGGCCAUGAAGAGGGCUCGGCAGGCUGAGAAGCGGCGAAUUUACAACAAAGCCAAGAAGUCGGAGGCCAAGACUCGGAUGAGGAAGGUCUUUGAGGAACUAGAUGCGCUUAGGAAGAAAUCCGAUGCUCAAUCUGAAGAAAUCCUCCCAAUUGAGAAACUGAUUGCAGAGGCAUACUCUGCAAUUGACAAAGCAGUGAAAGGCAGGGCUUUGCACAGGAACACUGGAGCUCAUCGCAAGUCCCGACUUGCAAGAAGCAAGAAGGAUGUCUUGAUACACCAUGGUUGGUAUACCCCUGUGGUGACGGCCUGAUUUCUUCAAUCAAUGAGAUGAUGGUUUUUUUUACUUCUAAUUUUCAUGUUAAAGGAACGUAUUACUAGAGACUAUUUGUACUAGUGAAUAUUUGUUGUUGUAUUGGAAAGUUUACCUUGUGAGUAGUAUCAAGGAAGAACCUUUGUUGCUGCAUUGGAAUGAAAGAAGAAAAAUUGUUUCC